CCCUGGAAAUUUCCCAUCAAGUUUGAGUAAAGUUCGUUUGUGAGACGCCAAAAUUUCCAAUUUCCUGCCAAAAAAAGUAUUUAAUUUGCAAAUCUCCGGCUACAGGAUGGAAGUUUACGAAUUCACAAAGACCUACGAGGAGAGGUAUCAUGAGAUUCAGCGUGUUUUCCAGAAGAAGGACAAUCCCAUUCCAGCAUCGCGAGUUCGUUUGGAAUUUCUCAUUUUCCUGGAAAAGUUCUUCAACAUUCCAGAAUGGCAGGCCUUGUGGAAAAUCCCACGAUUUCGCUGCGAGAAGAUGAACUUGAAAUUCCCAUCAAAUAUUCUGGGUUUGGUGUCAUCGGUGGACUUUACAACCGGCAUUGGGAAGUUUUCCCCAUGUGUGGAUGAUUUGCCGGAAAAUGAGGAACUCGAGGAGGAGUACAAUGUGCCAAUUGAGCAGCUGUGGGUGAGCAUGGAGCAGGAUGAUCCGAAAUUCAAAGCUGACGAAGCAGCUGAAGCCAUUGAUGCUUUCCGGUACUUCCUCACGUACAUUUGGCUCCCCUGGGAUGCUCAGGAGUCCGAUCAUGUGGACUAUUUCGGCAAAUUUGUCCUCAUGCGCCUCCAAAUGCUGUGUGACAUGAAAACCGGGAAGAUUCGUCGCUCAACAGCUGCUCACAUCCGGGAACUUCUCGUUGAGACACGUCGCCUGAGUGAAAUACGGGAUAUUGUGCAGGAAGAUGAGCCCUCAGAGGAGCUGCCCAAAGUGGAGAUUCUCGUGAAGAUCAAUGCACAGCUGAAUCUCCUGCAGGCGAAGCUGACAAUGCUGCAGGAUGCCUCCCUGAGAGAAAUCUACGAAGCAGCUCAUCUGGAUAUUCCUGAUAAAUAUGAUUUUAUCAUUGUUACGGAGUCUCAGGAUAGAUUAUCCGAUAUUCUCGGGCAUGUGGGGAAUAUUGAUUCCGGGAGAUUCUGCAAUACCCUCCAGAAUGCUCUGAUGUCCUCAAAUGCAAGCGAUAGGAUCUACAUUGGCUCAGGGAAGCACACAAUUGGCUUCCGGGAGUAUUUCAAUAGUUCCGGAUCAAUUUGUGGUGUGAAGAAACUUGAGAAUGUGCCCGAAAGAACGGAGGGUGGUCUCAAACCACAGGAUGUACCAAUUGUAUGCUCAGAGAUGCAGGAUCACUUCCUGUUUGUCUGCAAUGGGGAGUUUACCUUUGAAAAUAUCCUCUUUGACUGCAGCAACGUCAAGUACGGCUUCAUCUGUCAGGAUCAGGCCAAGCUCACCCUCCGGAAUUGCAUUAUUCGCGGCAAUAUGAGGCAGAGUGAAUGCGGAAUUGAUCUUAAGGGCAGUGGAUCAGCCAUCCUGGAGAAUUGUCUCAUCAUCGACUGUUUCUACGGGAUUGGCAUGAAGAGUGGCACAAAAGUCGAUCUAAUCGGCACGGAUAUUGUUCGAUGUGAAUAUGGGAUCUUCCUGGAGGAUGACUGUGAUGUUACCCUUGAGAAUUCCAACUUCCGCGAAUGCACAAAUUUCGGGAUUUAUCUGGAGAACGUGAAAUGCAACGGCGAGAUUGAUGAGCGAGAAUUUAGCGAUCUUGCCGAUCUUCAGUGUCUUCCGGGCUUCCAGAUUUCCGGAAAUUGUGCAGGAAAUGCCCUAAUUGAAGCGGAAAAGAUGGAUGUGGAAGUUGUGGAUGUUACUGGGGAUGAUUGAGGGACUUGUUGCAUUCCGGAAGUUGCUUGUAAAUUGAUUGAAAAUCUAUUUUUUUUUAUUCGGAAUUUAUGUUACGUACUAAUGCUAGUUGAUAUUAUGUGAAGAAUUUUAAAAGAAAUAUAUUAUUUUUUCAUUAAAA